AUGGCCACGGACGCAGACGGAGACGUUGAGAUGACCGUGCCGCAGCCAGUGUUCGAGCGCCGCCAGUACGAAGCCAAGAUUCGCAAUCGCUGCGCGGUUACUGGCGAGCAGUACGAGCACGUUGUCACCUCGAUCCGCAACUCGAUCGAGCCGCGCAUCCUGGACCACCAGGCUCGCUUCGUGCUGAAGAAGCGAGCGGCUGACGUGACCGAUGAAGAUCUCGGCCUGGAGAUCACGCGGCGUUGCUCAGCGCUGCAAAAUAGCCGCAUCCCGGACAUGGACCAGCUUUUCAAGGAAGAACUGAAGAUGGACCUUAAGAUCGAAGACACCGAAGCUCGUGUGGUGAAUUACGUCGUGCUGUUUGACAAGAUUGUGGAGGACCAUGGUUUGGGUGGAAUCCUCGGUAGUGGACGCGAAAAUGAACCGAAUUACGACGAACGCAUGAAGUUGCGUUGCAAGUACCUGCUAAGGAACACUGCGCCAGAGAUGUUGAGGCUGGAGAUGGAGCGCCUGGUCAUCGCCAAGCCGGUACUCCAGAAGGACAAUAUUGCGCUCUACGAGGCCUUAGUCGAGCGCGCACGAGAGCAGCAGCACUACCACAUGCUGGCCCAGGAGCUCAAGCAGGUGGAUAAACCUCGUAGCAACCCCAAGACCAAUCACUCCAACAAGAAGCCAGCACUUUCGUUGAAGCCUCGUGUUUCACAGCCCCAACACUCGUCAUCAAGCAAGCCCAAGCAGUCGAAACAAGAAGCCGACAAGCCCCGCGCACCUCCGCGCGAUGGCUGUCUCGUGUGCAAUGGAGCACAUUGGGUGAAGGAUUGCCCCACCGCUAGUGAGGCAGACAAAGAAGCAGCCCUAAAACGAAUGAAUGACAUGAAGAACCAGCGCUUGCGUGUGAAGACUGUGCGAUCAAUAGGGCAGCCCGGCGAGCGUGCAGCCAUUUUGAAUGGCAUAUUGGAGGUGCCUUUCCGAGCCGACACUGGCGCUGACUACGACGUGAUUACCCGCCACAUUACGCAUGAACUGAGGAAACUGGAUGAUGACCUCGUGGUGGAAGAGCUGGAUGUGCCGAUGAAGGUUAAAGUGGCAGACGGACGGCUCGUUCCUUGCACCGAGAUGUGUGAAGUUGACGUGCAGCUAUUAACGGCUGCCAGUCCGGUCAAUCUGCGCAGACUACAGUGUGUAGUGAUCGAUGGAGAUGCGGAUGAGUUCUUACUUGGUGAUCGAACUCUGAAGUCGCUUGGGAUCAACGUGGAUCAUCUCCUGGAGCGCCUCGCAGCCAAAGGUGGCCCCGAGGAGGACGAGGAUGGUAUACCGGAGGAUGACAUCGUGGGCGCGACCAACCUGGAUGAAAUCAUGGACCGACUCGACGUAAUGUUGGACGACGCUGUCAAGGCCAGGUUUCCACACGAAUUUAAGGAUGCGCUGCGAGAUGCCACCAAGGAAGAAGUUGAUCUAUGGCGGACGAAGCUAGGCGCGGACCCACCCGCCAAGCUCGAGCCACUGCGAGUCGUAUUGGUCGACGGCUCCACACCGUAUCGAACGAAGCCUCGCCAGUACUCUGAGCUGAAACCCAAGUUCCUUCGGGACUACGGCAGGCAGCUGGAAGAAUUUGAGCUGGUUGUACGUAACAAUCAGAGUAGGUGGGCUUGUGCGGCCAUUCCCGUUCGCAAGAAGGGUCCCGUCGAAGACUUUCGGUGCGCCCCCGACUGCCGCCCGAUCAACAAGCGCACCGUGCCUAUCGCAGGUGCAAUGCCAAACCUACUGGUGGUGAUUGCCAAGGUUAAGGGUUUGCUUCUUCGCAACGUUCGAUCUCUUCAAGGGGUUCUGGCAGCUUUUGCUGCACCCGGACUGCCGUGA